CAUGGGAAAGUAAGCAAGUUAAUGACCCUUGUCACUCUACAAAAAACGCAGGAUUGGAUUCGGAGUGCAAAACUAAAGAUGGCGGAAGCAGAAUCUUCUAGCCGGAGCCCCGAAAUCCGGAAGGACGGAAUCAACGACCGGUGGGUGAUAUUCUCACCGGCGAGAUCAAGACGGCCGUCAGACUUCAAGGCGAAAUCGAGCCCUAACUCUAACGACCGAUCGGAGUGCCCAUUCUGCAAGGGUCACGAGCACGAAUGCGCGCCCGAGAUAUUCCGCGUCCCAGCUGAUUCCUCCGCCGAUUGGGGAAUCAGAGUCAUCCAGAAUCUUUACCCGGCGCUCAACAGGGACUUGCGUUUCCAGGACGAGAAUCGCAACGAUUCAUUGGUCGGAGACGUCUCAGUGAGCGGAUUCGGGUUCCACGAUGUGGUGAUUGAGUCGCCGCUUCACUCCGUUCAUCUUAGUGAUCUUUUGCAGGCUCAGAUCAGGGAUGUUCUUCUGGCUUUCAAAACUAGGAUCGACCAGAUUCGCAUCAAUGGUUCCAUCAAAUAUGUUCAGGUCUUCAAAAACCAUGGGGCCUCGGCUGGAGCAUCCAUGAGUCAUUCUCACAGCCAGAUCAUUGCUCUUCCUAUUGUUCCUCCCACCGUUUCUGCACGUCUCAGCAGUAUGGAGGAAUAUUUCCAACAAACAGGGAGCUGUUCACUCUGCAAUGUUCGUGCUGAUGACCUUAUAAUCAGUGAAUCAGCCUAUUUCACAUCAAUGGUUCCAUUUGCUGCUAACUUUCCCUUUGAGAUAUGGAUUAUCCCUCGCGAUCACUCUGCCUAUUUUCAUGAACUGGACAGUGAGAAGGCAUUUGAUCUCGCGGGGCAGUUGAAACUGAUGCUCUUGAAGAUGUCCUCGCAGCUGAACAACCCACCAUUCAAUUUCAUGAUUCACACCUCUCCAUUCAAUUUCGAUCCUUCGUGUUUACCGAGCUGCCACUGGUAUCUCCAAAUAGUGCCCCAGCUAUCUGGGGUGGGAGGUUUCGAGUUAGGCACGGGAUGUUAUAUAAAUCCUGUCUUCCCAGAGGAUGCAACUAAAAUCCUGAGAGAAGCUAGUUUUUCAUUUGAAGUCACAAAAACAGAAAUGAAGGGCUGACACAUGCCCCGUUAAUCGAGUCUAAGAAAAAUGUUGAAAAAUAUAAUUUAAAAAAAAGUGCGGCCGAAAUUCUUCUAGAAGAUAGCCAUAACCUAUUUAUAUGUAUGAUCAUGAUCAACCCAACAUGUCCAUGUUGUUGUGAUCGAAGCUCAAAUUAAUAUGAGAUUGUCCU